AUGACCAUGAUGGUGAAGAUGUUGUCGGCCAGACAGCUGCUCCCGACCGUGGUGCUUCUCAUGGCCGUGGCCACCUUCUUCUCCUACUGGACAUAUUUGGACCGCGCAUCGGUGCAGAAGCAGAAGGUCUGGCUCAGCAGCUCGUUCGGCUCUUUGCAGCACGAUGACGCUUCAGUCGGCCUGUCAGACGCCAUCAUCCAGGACGACCAGCGCAAUAUGCGCUCGCUCUUGUUCCCCGAGCAGCACAUAUAUCGGCCUGCGCAAACAAUUCGCCAGCAGUGGAACGUGACGACGGCCCCGGCGACCCCCGACGGCGUCAAGCGCAUCGUAUACAUGAUAAACGGACUGUUUCCUGGUCCGACCAUCGAGGCGCGAUCUGGCGACGAGCUAGAAAUCGAGGUGCACAACCUAGCCGACACAAGCGAAGGCAUCUCCAUCCACUGGCAUGGGUUAGCCAUGCAAGGUGCAAACGAGAUGGACGGCGUUGUCGGCCUCACACAAUGCGCCAUUGGCACCGGCCAGUCUUACAUUUACCGGUUCCGCAUCUCGGAAACUCAGCACGGGACGUUCUGGUACCAUGCCCACUCGGGCGUCCAGCUUGCUGAUGGGCUGUAUGGUGGCCUCAUCAUCCAUAAACCCUCUUCGGACUCAACAACAGCCACAACCGCAGACAGUUAUGACCGGGAGCAGCUCCUGCUCAUCGGCGACUGGUACCACAGACCGGCACAGGACGUGCUGGCCAGGUACCAAGACUACAGUAGUUUUGGCAACGAGCCCUCCCCGGACUCCCUCUUGAUCAAUGGCCGGGGCUACUUUGCCUGCUCCAUGACUGUACCAGCCAACCCGGUCGACUGCCGUCUUGUCCAGGCGCCGAACGUGACGCUCUACGGCCAGCGAACACGACUGCGUGUCGUCAACACGGGCGCCUUGGCCGGCUUCACCUUGGCCAUCCCCCACAGUGCGGCCCAGAUGCGCGUCCUCGAGGUCGAUGGUGGCGGUUCUGUGGUCGACAGUCCUGUGGCUGCAUCUGUGGGCAUUCUCUACCCGGGCGAGAGGAUGGACGUCGUGAUCGAAAGGCCAGCCAGCGACGACAAGGCAGCCUCGCUUGUUGUCGCUCUGGAUCGAGAAAACAUGCACCUAAAAAACUUCGCCCUGACGCGGACGCAGUCAUUCCAUCUGGGCUGGCACAACUCGCUGAUCUCGGCCUCGUCUGCAAUUGAGCCGGCCACCACAGCUACAACAGCCCAUUUUAACCUAGCCGAUGCAAAGGGCGCUGUCCAGGACGGAGCCGUGCCGCUGAUGACAGCACAAAAGGCCGUCGUGUACACCCGGGUCGAGAUUCUCGCCUCGCACGGCAACGUGCCGCUAGGGGUGGUCAACCGCACGUCGUGGCUGGUGGACGAGCCAGCCGCACCGCCGCUGCUGGCGCUGGACCGCUCGCGCUGGCCGCACAUGCGCAGACCAGGUGAGACGCCUCCGCUAGGCCAAGCUGUCCGGGAUGUGCCCUGGUUCGAGCAGACGGGCAAGGACGAGUGGAUGGACCUUGUGGUCAACAAUUUGGAUGAGAAGGGACAUCCGUUUCAUCUGCACGGCUUCUCCUUCUUUGUCGUCGCAUCGUGGCGCUCGCCCGCGGCUUCAUACGACGCCUUCAAUCCGUUUGAGCACGCCGCGCCCGUCGGCGGUCCGAUGAACACGGCCACGCCCCUGCGCAAGGACACCGUAUACGUGCCGCGCAUGGGAUACGUCGUGCUGCGCUUCCAGCUCGACAAUGCCGGCCUCUGGCUGCUGCACUGCCACAUGCUCUGGCACCACGCUGCCGGCAUGGGCAUGGCCCUGCAGGUCGGACCGGCCGCGUCGCUGCAGACCCAGCAAAAGGCCGGAGCGAUGUGUGUGUCAUAG